CUCUCCGGCCUCCCUCCGCGCCGGUGCGCGGCGCCCCGUCCCAGCCGCAGCCGCAGCGGCCGCCCCUCCCGGACCCGAGAGCCGCUGAGCCGCGAGGCCGGGCCGGGGCGCCGGCCGGGAAUGCCGGGGGCGCGGCGCCGACGCCGAGGCGCGGCCAUGGAGGGGAAGCCCCGCGCCGGGGUCGCGCUGGCCCCGGGGCCGAGCGGCCGACGGCCUUCCGCCCGCUGCGCCCGCCGCCGCCGCCCGGGGCUGCUGCUUCCCGGCCUCUGGCUGCUGCUGCUGGCCCGGCCGGCCUCGUGCGCCCCAGAUGAGCUCUCUCCGGAACAGCACAACCUUUCUUUAUACUCCAUGGAGCUCGUGCUGAAGAAAAGCACUGGGCACAGCGCUGCACAAGUGGCCUUAACAGAAACUGCUCCCGGCUCCCAGCACAGCAGUCCUCUCCAUGUCACAGCCCCGCUGUCUGCCACUACUUUUGAUACAGCCUUUUUUAACCUAGGAAAACAGACCAAAAGUACAGCAGAUCACAGCAUCUUUGUGGCAACUUACGUGUCAGUGACGAGUAAUGAGGUGGCCGUCGAUGACGAUGAGAUGGAUAACUUUCUGCCAGAUACUCACUGGACCACUCCACGGAUGGUUUCUCCAAUACAGUAUAUCACAGUCAGCCCACCAGGGCUGCCCGGGGAAGCGUUAGAACCUGUGCUCACUCCAUCGUUACCCAUGGUUUCUUUACAAGAUGAAGAAGUGACAUCGGGCUGGCAGAACACCACGCGACAACCAGUGGCAUAUGCUGAGUCCGCCAGUCAUUUCCACACCUUUCGGUCAGCUUUUCGCACCUCUGAGGGCGUCGUUCCAACUCCUGGCAGGAAUUUGGUGCUUUAUCCUACUGAUGCUUACAGUCACUUAUCAAGCAGGACUCUGCCAGAGAUUGUGGCUUCCCUAACAGAGGGUGUGGAAACCACCCUUUUUUUAAGCUCCCGGUCUUUAAUGCCACAGCCGUUAGGCGAUGGCAUUACUAUACCGUUGCCCUCCUUGGGGGAGGUCUCACAGCCUCCAGAGGAGGUUUGGGCCACAAGUGCAGACAGAUACACUGAUGUGACCACCGUGUUGAGUCAAAGCCUAGAAGAAACCAUCUCUCCAAGAACAUACCCUACUGUGACUGCAUCGCACGCAGCCCUUGCAUUCAGCAGGACACAUUCUCCAUUGCUUUCAACUCCUCUUGCAUUUGCGUCCUCUGCUUCACCAACUGGUGUUUCAUCUAACCCCUUUCUCCCUAGCGACUCCAGCAAAACAUCUGAAUUGCAUAGCAAUUCAGCCCUCCCCGGUCCCGUGGACAACACUCAUAUCCUGAGCCCGGUGUCCUCAUUCAGACCAUACACUUGGUGCGCGGCCUGCACUGUGCCUUCACCUCAGCAAGUUCUGGCCACGAGCCUCAUGGAGAAAGACGUGGGAUCAGGGGAUGGUGCCGAGACUCUGUCCAUGACCGUGCUGGAAGAAAGCAGCAUCUCUCUAAUGAGUAGCGUCGUAGCAGACUUCUCUGAAUUUGAGGAAGAUCCUCAAGUAUUUAAUACGCUUUUCCCCUCCAGACCUAUCGUCCCACUUUCUUCUAGAUCCAUGGAAAUCUCAGAGACGAGUGUUGGCAUUUCUGCCGAGGUGGAUAUGAGUAGUGUUACAACCACACAGGUUCCCCCUGCCCAUGGCCGCCUCUCUGUGCCGGCGUCACUUGAUCCUACUGCUGGCUCCUUGUCUGUUGCUGAAACCCAAGUGACGCCAUCCAGCGUGACCACUGCAUUUUUCUCGGUCAUCACCAGCAUUCUCCUUGACUCAUCUUUCUCUGUCAUAGCAAACAAAAACACACCGUCGCUUGCCGUCAGAGACCCGAGUGUUUUUACGCCUUAUAGUCUGGUUCCUUCAGUGGAGUCUUCACUUUUCUCUGACGAAGAACGUUCCAGUUUUUCUGAGCAUAAACCCGGAGGUGCUUUGGAUUUUGCAUCCAGCUUUUUCUCAACACCCCCGCUGGAACUCAGCGGCUCCAUCUCUUCGCCUUCGGAAGCGCCUGCGUCUCUGUCUCUGAUGCCGAGUGACUUGUCCCCCUUCACAUCUCAGUCUUUUUCUACCUUGGUUGAGACAUUUACAUUGUUUGACUCUAGUGAUCUGCAGUCAUCUCAGCUGUCUCUUCCCAGUUCCACAAAUCUUGAGUUUUCGCAGCUCCAGCCAAGUUCCGAGCUGCCUUUAAACACCAUCACGUUGCUACCUAGCCGUUCUGAGGUGUCACCAUGGUCAAGCUUCCCUUCUGAUUCUCUCGAGUUUGUUGAAGCGUCUGCGGUUUCACUGACGGAUUCAGAAGCUCAUUUUACCUCAGCUUUCAUUGAAACUACCUCCUAUCUUGAGUCUUCACUCAUUUCCCAUGAAUCCGCAGUCACCGCACUGGUGCCCCCCAGCUCUGAGUCUUUUGACAUUUUGACUGCCGAGAUUCAAGCAACAUCACCAUUGACCACUGUCCACACAACGCCCAUUUUAACUGAGUCUUCUUUGUUCUCAACUCUGACACCUCCUGACGACCAAAUCAGUGCUCUAGACGGUCACGUGUCUGUCCUGGCCUCUUUCUCCAAAGCCAUUCCCACUGGUACGGUGUUGAUCACUGACGCGUACCUGCCAUCAGGAUCCUCGUUUGUUUCUGAAGCAACCCCCUUCCCUCUGCCCACAGAGCUGACCGUCGUGGGCCCAUCACUCACACCCACAGAGGUGCCACUGAACACCUCCACGGAAGUGAGCACAACCAGCACCGGUGCUGCCACUGGUGGUCCCCUCGACUCCACCCCGAUGGGUGACGCCACAAGUCAGAGCCCCCCAGAGAGCAGUGCUGCUCCUCCCCUGCCGUCCCUGCAUCCCGUGACUGCCUUCACUCUCGAAGCAACAGUUGACACACCAACACUGGCUACUACCAAGCCGCCAUAUGUUUGUGAUAUCACAGUCCCCGAUGCCUAUCUGAUCACAACUGUGCUGGCCAGAAGAGCUGUGCAGGAGUACAUCAUUACAGCAAUCAAAGAAGUACUGAGGAUUCACUUCAACCGUGCAGUGGAACUGAAGGUUUAUGAACUAUUUACUGACUUCACUUUUCUGGUAACAUCCGGUCCUUUCGUUUACACGGCAAUAUCCGUCAUAAAUGUGCUUAUAAACAGUAAGCUUGUCCGUGACCAGACUCCUUUAAUCCUGUCUGUGAAACCUUCUUUCCUUGUGCCAGAGUCCAGGUUCCAAGUUCAAACAGUACUUCAGUUUGUGCCUCCGAGUGUGGAUACUGGCUUCUGCAACUUCACCCAGCGCAUCGAGAAAGGCCUAAUGACAGCUCUCUUUGAAGUGAGAAAACACCACCAGGGAACGUAUAACCUCACGGUGCAGAUCUUGAAUAUCACCAUCAGUUCCUCAAGGGUGACUCCUCGGCGGGGCCCGGUGAAUAUCAUCUUUGCGGUUAAAAGCACACAGGGAUUUUUGAAUGGGUCGGAAGUGAGCGAGCUGCUCAGAAACUUGAGUGUGGUGGAGUUCAGUUUCUAUCUGGGAUACCCAGUGCUGCAGAUCGCAGAGCCCUUCCAGUAUCCACAGCUCAACUUAUCUCAGUUGCUGAAGUCCUCUUGGGUCAGAACAGUUCUCCUGGGCGUCGUGGAGAAGCAACUCCAGAAUGAAGUGUUUCAAGCCGAGAUGGAACGCAAGCUGGCCCAGCUGCUCAGCGAGGUUUCCACCAGAAGGCGGAUGUGGAGAAGGGCCACUGUAGCUGCAGGGAACAGUGUGGUGCAGGUGGUAAAUGUGUCGAGGCUGGAGGGAGAUGACAAUCCUGUACAGCUCAUCUACUUUGUGGAGGAUCAAGAUGGAGAAAGACUCAGUGCAGUCAAGUCUUCGGACCUGAUUAACAAGAUGGACCUCCAGAGAGCAGCCAUCAUCUUGGGUUACCGAAUUCAAGGUGCCAUUGCCCAGCCUGUCGACAGGGUGAAGAGGCCGUCUCCGGAAUCCCAGAGCAACAACUUGUGGGUCAUUGUUGGCGUGGUCAUCCCAGUGCUGGUGGUGAUGGUGAUUGUUGUCAUCCUCUACUGGAAACUAUGCCGCACGGACAAGCUAGACUUUCAGCCUGACGCUGUGGCCAACAUUCAGCAGCGUCAGAAGCUGCAGAUCCCUAGUGUGAAGGGCUUCGAUUUUGCCAAGCAGCAUCUGGGUCAGCACAAUAAAGACGACAUAUUGAUUAUUCAUGAGCCAGCGCCACUGCCAGGACCUCUGAAGGACCACACCACGCCCUCGGAAAAUGGAGACGUGCCAAGCCCCAAGUCAAAGAUCCCUUCCAAGAAUGUUCGUCACAGAGGAAGAGUUUCUCCCUCAGAUGCUGACUCUACGGUCAGUGAAGAGUCCAGCGAGAGGGACACAGGAGAUAAGACGCCGGGAGCCGUCAACGAUGGCAGGUCCCACAGAGCCCCGCAGAGCGGGCCACCACUGCCCAGUUCGGGAAAUGAGCAGCACUCAUCAGCCUCCAUCUUCGAGCACGUGGACAGGAUCUCCCGCCCCCCGGAGGCUAGCCGGCGGGUCCCCAGUAAGAUCCAGCUUAUCGCCAUGCAGCCGAUCCCGGCACCUCCCGUCCAGCGCCCCUCCCCAGCCGACCGAGUGGCGGAAACCAAUAAAAUCAACAAAGAGAUUCAGACUGCGCUGCGGCACAAGUCUGAGAUCGAGCACCAUCGCAACAAGAUCCGCCUGCGCGCCAAGCGCCGCGGGCACUACGAGUUCCCGGUGGUGGACGACCUGUCCUCGGGCGACACUAAGGAGCGACACCGGGUGUACCGCAGGGCACAGAUGCAGAUCGACAAGAUCCUGGACCCCACGGCCAGCGUGCCCUCCGUGUUCAUAGAGCCCAGGAAGAGCUCACGGAUAAAACGUUCUCCCAAGCCUCGCCGGAAACACCAGGUCAACGGCUGUCCUGCCGACGCUGAGAAGGACCGGCUCAUCACCACGGACAGCGAUGGCACCUACAGGAGGCCCCCCGGCGUCCACAACUCGGCCUACAUCGGAUGCCCAUCGGAUCCUGACCUCCCAGCCGAUGUGCAGACACCAUCCUCGGUGGAACUGGGGAGGUAUCCAGCCCUUCCCUUCCCGGCCUCCCAGUACAUCCCACCCCAGCCGUCCAUCGAGGAGGCACGCCAGACCAUGCACUCCCUCCUGGACGACGCCUUUGCCCUCGUGGCCCCCAGCAGCCAGCCUGCCAGCGCCGCAGGUGUAGGCCCCGGAGUCCCACCCGGCCUGCCCGCAAACAGCACCCCUUCCCGGGAAGAGAGGCGAGCCACCCAGUGGGGGUCCUUCUACAGCCCAGCCCAGACGGCCAACAAUCCCUGCAGUAGAUAUGAAGACUAUGGAAUGACUCCCCCGACGGGUCCAUUGCCAAGACCAGGUUUUGGCCCCGGUUUGCUGCAGUCUUCAGAGCUGGUGCCCCCUGACCCUCAGCAGCCACAGGCCUCCGCCGAAGCCCCAUUUGCUGCCAGAGGGAUCUACUCGGAGGAGAUGCCGUCGGUGGCCCGGCCUCGGCCUGUCGGGGGUACCACAGGCUCCCAGAUCCAGCACCUGACACAGGUGGGGAUUGCCAGCAGAAUUGGAGCUCAGCCAGUGGAAAUCCCACCAAGCAGAGGCAGCCAGUAUGGGGGGCCAGGCUGGCCUUCGUACGGGGAGGACGAAGCGGGGCGAAGAGAGGCCACACACAUGCUCGGACAUCAAGAGUAUUCUUCUUCACCGCUAUUUCAGGUGCCAAGGACUUCAGGCAGGGAGCCCCCAGCUCCUUCCGGGAACCUCCCCCACCGGGGACUGCAGGGCCCUGGGCUGGGUUACCCCACCAGCUCCACGGAAGACCUCCAGCCCGGCCACUCCUCGGCCUCUCUCAUCAAAGCAAUCCGCGAGGAGCUCCUCCGGCUCUCCCAGAAACAGAGCACCGUGCAGAACUUCCACAGCUGAUCGGCCUCGCCUCGCAGAUUUGCCAAGUAUCCGCUUCCUGUGGAAGCAAGACCAAAAGGAAAUCAACUGAGUGGGUGUUUGGAAGAGGAAGGAGCAACUCUCGGGCAGCCUGCCCAAGGGAGGGAGCAAGUUGCAAUUUAGAAGAUGCCAUACGUCGUGUGACAGCUCAUGAGCCUUUCACUGGGCUGGCAAUUGUCUGAACACUUGGGUUCAGUUGAAAUAUAUGUAUUUUGGCCAAAAGCCAGCAGCACUUCACAAAAACAAAACACAAACCUAAGCUAACAAAAUGACUGCAUUCGUCUCUUUUUUAAAGGCAGAGAUUAAACUGUAUAGACAGCACAGGGAUGAAAGGAACCAAGCGUUUCUGUGGGAUUGAGACUGGUACGUGUACGAUGAACCUGCUGCUUUGUUUUCUGAGAAGAGGUUUGAAGACAUUUUAUUAACAGCUUAAUUUUUCUCUUUUACUCCAUAGGAACUUAUUUUAAUAGUAACAUUAACAACAAGAAUACUAAGACUGUUUGGGAAUUUUAAAAAGCUACUAGUGAGAAACCAAAUGAUAGGUUGUAGAGCCUGAUGACUCCAAACGAAGCCAUCACCCGCGUUCUUCCUCCUUCUUCUGGUGCUACAGCUCCAAGGGCCCUUCACCUUCAUGUCUGAAACGCAACUUUGGCUUUUUCAGUGGAAGAAUAUGUUGAAGGUUUCAUUUUGUUCUAGAAAAAAAAAAAAAAAUCCCUCCCAAAGUGGGGCAAAAAGCUUUAUAUUUAUUUGAUUAUCCAAAAUACAGAUCAAAGUUUAGAUCUACAUUCUUCAUUGUAUUUGCUGUUUCUUAAUUGGGCACACACAACUCCUGGUCAUGUCCCAGUUCAGCACCGAUCGCUAAGGCCGAUCCUGUAGAAUGAGGCUUUCAAGAGGUCCUAACUGAUCCUUUCUUCCACUUUGCUGUUGAUUUGUUCACAAAUUACGUCUGAAUGAGAAAUCUUCUGUAAGCAAAAGUUAUUUAAUAAUUCCCAGCACCACGAAAUUGUUAUACAUACAUCCCUACCAGUCACAUUCCCUGUGUUCAGAGCCUGGAAAUGAAAUUGAGUUCAGUUCAGCCUCUCUGUAAUGAAUCAAGAAAUGUAAAAGAGCUUUGAGACCCCAAGGGAAAGGAGAGAGUUGCUUCUCAUUUCUGAUUUUAUUGUGCUGUUACUCUGUCGAGUGGCUAUUAAAAUUGUCUUAUGCUCUUUGGGCUAAGAGGGGAUCAUCUCGCUUAAGAUUUACUCCUGAUGUAAACAUUUCCCCCACUUUCCAAAUGAUGGUAAAGAAAACAGUGGCAAGGGCUGUUCUGUUUUCUGGUACCUGAGUGAAUCUCAGAAGAAAAGCAGGCUUAGCUAAGAGAUUUUCACUAUUAACCUGUUUUUAUUAGAUCAGCGAAGACAGUCAUGCAUCGCUUAAUGAUGGGGAUGCAUUCUGAGAAAUGUGUCAUUAGGCUGUUUUGUUGCUGUGCCAACAUCCUAGAUUGUACUUACGCAACCUACAUGGUAUAGCCUACUACACACCUGGGCUGUGUGGCAUGGCCUGUUCCUCUUAGGCUACAAACCUGUACAGCAUGUUACUGUACUGAACACAAUGGUAAGUAUUUGUGUAUCUAAACAUAGCUAAACAUAGAAAAGGUAUGGUAAAAAUACAAUUUUAUAGUCUUACGGGACUACCAUCAAUAUGUAGACCGUCAUUGACCAAAACAUCCUGAUGUGUGCAUGACUGUACUUUUCAUUAAAUAACAGAUAAGGGGCUAUAGAAUUUGGGGCUCUGACUGAUCAAAACCUGUGUAUCUGUGUCAAGUUUUAAGACCCCUGAAACAGCUAAAACAGGUUUCCAAAGUGUAAUCACUGGAUUUCAAAACCAUGUUUUAGCCCUUCAUUAAUGAAGCCUGUUGUACAGAUUUAGAGUCUUACAAUACGAGGAAAGUUGGUUCUGGGAAGGUAAGAUGUAGCCAAUUUUCAUGUGGGCACCUCUGAAAGAGAAGGAGUGCAGGAGAGUAAGUCUCUCAAGGACGUUAAACAAAGGACCAGCAGCAUCUUAUCAGGCGAUCCUCAGAGGCUCCAAGGAGCAUUGGAGAGAAUGCCCCUUUCUGGGCUUGAUGUCUUGGUUUUGGUUUAAUACCAAAUUUCUCUUGGUCUUGGUUUAAUACCCGACUCUCCCCAAACUGAACGAUUAUCUUUGUAUGUCACUCAAAAAUACCAGGUUUCCUGAAUAUGUUAUUAAGAAUUUCAGAUAUCCAAGCAGAAUUUUAUUAUGGACACCUUGUAAUGAAUUCAAAUCGUGUGACAGCAAACGGGAUAAAUGGCCCCUUCUCACCCAGUUCCGCUCGGGGCCAUACAGGCUUGCACAUAGAGUGUGCUAAAAAUGGUAACCUCCUUUGAGCAUUGCAGAAAGAGGGUUCUGUUUCAAAUUGGGCUGACCGUAAAAGCAAUUUUGAUGUCUUUCAAACUACCAUAAAGGGAUUUUAACUGUAUUUUUAUUCUUAGAAACAAUAUACCUUUAAACAGAUGUCAAGACCAAAGAUGAUGUAAAAUAAACAGCCGGUGGUGAUGGUGUGGUGUGAGCAGGCCCCCGGAUCACCAGCCCUCUGCUGGUGGUCAUAAAGCACACACAGUUUGUACUUGCUUCCUCUCGACGCCUGCCACAACAGUUUUGCCAGUCACCAAACUCAGAACAAACUAGCUGUGUGAGCAGCACCGUACCCUAGCGGUCUUCAGACAUUAAGUUCACGUCAUCCACCGAAAGGAAGGGUCCUUGCGUUGACAGCGUGUGGCUUUGGAGUCCGUUUAUGGAAGCACUCUACAAUGAACAGUUGAAUUUUAUGUCUAUUCUUUUUUCCUAUUUUAAAAGUUCUAGUGGUAACACAAACUGUAAAUUUGAGUCAGAAUGUUUGGAGAAAUGUUUUUUUUUUUUUUUUCAGAAUCUACUUUGUCACUCACUGACCGUGUCUGGUUCCUUCUCUGAACUUCAUUCUCCCCAUAAGCCAAACAAGAACAGACCUCCCCCGCCACCUCCCAGGCGCCGUAGUUGUGAGAAUCAGAUGUGAUCAUGUGUGCAGAUGUCCUGUGAGGAGGGAGCAUAAAGCACUGUGAAAAUGUAGCAUGCUGUCUAUGUGGACGCCCUAGGAUGAGCGAUGUGAAACCCUACGCUCCUGUGGUGAAUGGGUUCACACAUGGGUAAUGAGCAAAACCGAAAGCUCAGUGUGACUCAGUUUCCUCACUCCCAUUUUGCUUUAAAUUCACUUCCUUCACCAAUUUUCCGAUUGCAUUUAUUAAGCAUCUUUCUGCUCCCGACUUUCUGGUGUCUCUGGCACCAAAUAAGCCAGCAGACAUGAGCCUUGCCUUCUGAGAUUUUAGAAUCUAAGAUAGCACGAGUGGGUAUAGAAGAUGGAAGAUACCGAUAAAUAACAUGGUUUAAGCGUCAAUAAAAUUCAUUCGAAGAGAUCAGGCGCGGUGGCUCACGCCUGUAAUCCCAGCAUUUUGGGAGGCUGAGGCAGGUGGAUCACUUGAGAUCAAGAGUUUAAAACCAGCCCAGGCAACAUGGCAAAACCCCGUCUCUACAAAAAAAUACAAAAACUAGCUGGGUGUGGUGGCGCAUACCUGUAGUCCCAGCUGAGGCACGAUAAUUGCUUGAACCCGGGGGGCGGAGGUUGCAGUGAGCUGAGAUUGCACCACUGUACUCCAACCUGGGCGACGGAGCAAGACUGUGUCUCAAAAAGAAAAAAAUUCGUUCAAAAGACAUAAAUGCAUUAGGCACCCAGAAGAAGUUGCAGAAGUUGCAUGUUUGGAAAUGCAGUAUCUUGGGGAGACGUCAACUUCUGAAGUGACUUUGAAGGCAGGGCAGCUACCCAGGCAAAUGGUGUGGAAGGAAGAGCUGAGAGUGGGCCUGGGAAAGGCUGUAGGGAAGGAGUGAAGCUGUCACUGAAAAUGAACUUGAUCUUGAUCUGCUUUGAUAUGGGGACAGAAUCCCCGACUGCACUGUUGAGGGAGUUUCGGAAGAGAAGGAAGAGGUGCUGGAAGGAUGCUUUUGCAGUCAUGCAGCAAGGAAACGACCAGGGCUGUGAAGAUCUACAGAGGAAGUGCUCCAGUGUGGGGGAGGCAAGGGAAGAGGACGAAAAUGAUGAGAAUGACACUGAGGUCAUUGUUUAGAGCAGAUCUCAAGCAGCCGUUUGGCCACGCCAAAUCCUUUGUGGAGCAUAGUGGGUUAUCUGUCUGUCUGUCUAUCUGUCUAUCUAUCUAUAUAUAUAUUCAGCUUCUUUACUGCUACCUACACAUUUUUCUCCAAAUUUUAUUAAUUUCAUAGUGUUUUGAUUUGGGUGGCAGAUGACUUUUAAGCAGUGGGUGUUUGCUGGCCAGAUCUUUCCUGGCAUGCGGACUGUGAGGCAAAGCACGGGUGAAGGUAGGCGCUAAAGGCUUUGGGCUAAAACCAGCACGCGGUUCUGUGCUAUAGGAGUCUCCCGUUUCCCGUGGACAGGUUCAGCGUUCCUUCUUUUGCACAACUUUUUUCUAAGUGUUCCAGUGACCAAGCCAGUCAUUCGGACACUGAUUUGCAGUGCAUUGGCAGUAAUUCACAAAUUAGUUAUUAUAUAAGUCUCUCUCAUCCCUUUCGCACUAGAUUCUCAGACAUGAAUGGAUUUGUCGUUUGGAAGGAAAGCUGGGUAAGGUUUUGGGCACGGGAAGGAGGACUACAGUCUUAACUCCCACGCUAGCUUUAGCUCAAGUGGAGUUUUCACCGUGGUCAUUUCUACCUCUGGAGCAAGGUUCCACCGCCAGUACUAGAGCCUGCUUAUCCACAUUUGCCCUGGACAGGGGGAAGUCCACUUCUGUACCAGCAGACAGAGCAUGUGAACACAAAACACAUUUCUAUGGCAUAGUCAACUGAACUUCAUUUUUACAUUUAAUCUAACAUGUUAACACGUUCUAACAGGGUUUCUAUGAGCAGCUGCUGUAACAUACUCAUAAACUAUGAUAGACUUAACACUUGUUACCUAAUGAACAAGGAGUGUGUGCAUUUCAGGUUUCUUUUGAUAGAGGUGAUUGUCAGUGUUUAAAUAGGACUACUUUCUCCACUAUGAAGAUGACUUGGAAAUUGCAACAUCAUGGUACGUUGCUAAGUCCAUGCUUGUGUGUGUGACAGUAGGCUUGAUAAUUUAUCUUAAAACACAGCAGCAUUGAAAUUUAGGAAAAGAAUAUUAAAUGCCUUUGGAAACAUGAAACAAAGUUAGGAGCCAGUAAGAAAGUGAUAGAAGCAAUGAAUGUCUUAAUGCAGUGUAGUUAAAAUGGCUUCCCACAGGGUAGAUAAUUAUCCAGGAUCCUUCCUUUUCCUUCUUCCCCCAGGUCUUUCAGGGGUCACUUCACAUUUCUAAAGAAAGAGUGAAUAGGCUGGGCAUGGUGGCUCAAGCCUCUAAUCUCAACGCUUUGGGAGGCUGAGGCAGGAGGAUCGCUUGAGGCCAGGAGUUUGAGACCACCUUGGGCAACAUAACGAGACCCCGUCUCUACAAAAAAAAUUUAAAAAUUAGCUGAGCAUGGUGGCAUGUGCCAGUAGUCCCAGCUACUCGAAAGGCUAAGACUGGAGGAUCGCUUGAGCCAAUGAGUUGUAGGCUGCAGUGAGUUAUGAUCACGCCACUGCACUCCAGCCUGGGCUGCAGGGUGAGGUCCUAUCUCUGGAAAAAAAAAAAAAAAAAAGGAAUAGGUAAAAGGGACAGAGGUGAAAUUUUGAGUGACUUGAGUCUCUUGCAGUCCCUGAUUACACAGAACCUUUCUGAGCUACUUGGAGCAUCACGAAUAGUCUUUCCUGUACUUACCAGAUUUCAAGUAUUCAUAACUUGACUCCCUAAGUGUACAAGUUGGGAAUAGUACAGGGCCAAGUUCAAGUCGCAUAUGCUGUACUGUUCCUCCUGCAAAUGUGGGGAAAGAAGAGGGAGAUACUAGAGGAAGUGAGGCUCCACCCAUUCAUUCAGUUGCUCUAAGCACCAGAGGACUGGUUUCAGAAAAGGGGAGUGGGAACGCCCUCGACUUUGCCCUCCUCCGGAGCAUCUGGGACGCAGGGAGUCUGGCUAGCGUUAAUAGGAAAGGUUGCUCGGCAGAGCUGCCCUGGAGUACUGACUUGUCUCUCCCUCCUUUGUCAAGGUCCAUGUUUUUCUGGCUCUUCCUGCACACUCAUCCCUAGAUUAUGAGCGUUAAUGUACGAAAUGUGCAGAGCAAAUUGAGGCCACCUGUGGCAUCAAUACUGCAACUUAAACUUGACAAUCAUGGUUUGCUGGUCUCAAACAGGCACUGAAAUCUCAGUAUGGGUAUACGAUUUAAUAAUCGGCCCCUCCCUUCUAUUUGUCGGUUUUAUGUUUCUAUCCUUCAAUAGCUGCACUGUUUUCUAAUGUGCUGUAGAGUUUUUGAAAUAAUUUAUGCAAGUAUUUGGUUUCCAUGUUUACAAUUUAUACAGCUUUCCUAGCAUUUUAAAUGGAAAUGUCAAUAAAUGCUAUGAAUUGGUGUCAAA